AUGAUUAAAAAUAUUCAACAACUAAGAAAUUAUGUAAAACUUUUAAGAACAAGAUCUUACAGUAGUAAAGUUCAAAAUGCAGAAGAGAAUAUUCCAGUAAAGUUUUCUACAAGUCCUGCGGCUAAAGCAAGACCAGUACCAGUGUUGUCAAAGCCAUCCAACGCACCAUGGUACCAGCCUUACAGUGUGAUUUGCAGUGUUGCUGUUUUUAUGCUUUACUUUUGUGUUAUUCGAGAAGAGAAUGACAUAGAUACAGAAUUCAAUAAAACUCUAUAUGACAGAUUUAAAGGGCUAGAAAAGCAACAACUGCUCUUAAGUUAUAGCUAUAAUAAAGAAAAUGGCAAAAGCCUUAUAGAAAUCGAACAGAGAUUACGGGAAAUUGAAGAAGAGGAAAGCAAGGCUUUAGCAUAA